UGUGAGAAUUGCCGUCUGAGAAAGAUCAAAUGUGACAAGCAGACCCCUUGUGCGAGUUGCCAGACGCUGGGUAUAGCUUGUCAAGCCGCUGUCACUCGAGCUGCUGAGCAUAGGCCUCGUAUCGUGGUGACCAGUCAAUACGAGCGACAAAUUGCUCUGAUCCAAGAACGACUGCAGGGUAUCGAGACCAGUCUCAAGCAGCUGUCAAGGGGUUCUGUUGUCUCAACUCCCCAGGCUCAAAGUAACGUGCGUCAAGUCAUCGACUCGUCUACUCCAUCGAACAAGUCUAUUUCCAUCUACGAGGGAGAAUCAUCCUUCAAUUGUCAAACAGCAAAGGCAGGUCAGGUCGCCGAUGUUACAGCAACAGCAGUUGCCGGAACGCCCUCGAGCGAGUUGUCUAGCGCUCUCUCACUGUUGAAAGACAGCCUGAAACGACAUGAAGCUUUGUCGCGGACCCACGAAACACACCUUAGCACAAGAGUCAGGUAUGACUCCGUAGAUCAGCAGGAGCUUCCACCUGCCUCACUUAUAAUCGCUUUGAUCAAGAUAGCANAAAGCUCGGCCUUCUGUAUCUUUGGUUGCUUUCUCAUACCGAGGAGUAGCGCAACUGGAGACACUUUGCCAGAAGGCUCGAUGACCUUCUUCUAUGGUUUCUUGUAUUUUGUAAUUCGCGAUUAUUGGAGCCAGCAAGAUCCAGCGCUUCGCGAGUAUGAUGCUCAGGCAAUCAUUGACCUCUGCGAGACGCGCUUUUGCGCCGGACUCGAAAAAUUCGAGACUCUUACGGUGCCAGUGAUACCCAACAUCCAAGCGUUGCUUUUAGGAGCAAUCAAGGCACAGGAGGAAUGUAAACUAUCCUUGAGCUGGACCUUUCUCUCUGCUGCGGCAACCAUGUGCCAUACACUCGGCUUCCACCGCAAAUCGUCGCUUGCUCACGAAGAUCGGGAAUCUGCGGACAUCAAGCGACAUUUGUUCUGGCAGCUGUACAUGCUGGACAAGAACCUGUCACUGAACCUGGGACGAGGAACAAACUUCCCAGAUUCUGAUAUAGAUGCCGAGUUCUACACACCAUCCACAAAUCCAGCACAGAGACCGUGGGACUUGAUGUCGCUUGAUACUAUCCUGUUUGCGAGACUUCAAGGACAGUCAUCUAUCGUGCCCAACCACUUACAAGCAGCACUACUGAGAUUAGUCCACGAUGCUAUGAGGCUGCACGACUUGGUCUCGAGAACCAUCUCCGCUGCUUUGCUCAGUUCAGGGAUCGUUCGGUGCCGCAACAGGCAGAAUAUAUCAGGANUUUUGCUAUAUCCAUCAUUCACACCCUUUACCGUCGUCUUUAUUCACGCCAUCGCAACAUCAAACACCGAGGAGUUGCAGUUACUACAGGAAACAGUGCACUCCCUCGACCACAUCAAAUUUCUGUCUCCAGCAGCAAAGCGUUUGCAUGAUGUCUGCGCCGCAUUCGCAAAAGUCGCUGCUGCAUUCAUAACUUCGCAACGUACACUCAGCGGUUGGCAUUGUCGUGGCGAUGGCACUUUGUCGCUCGCAUCUGCGGAGACUAAUUACGAAGCUGAUCUGGCUGCUGUGGGACAAGACCAAGAUGCGCUAUCGGCCUUUUUGUGCAGUCUUGCUGGACAGAAUCGACCUUUGACGGACUUCUUGCACAUGGAUUUGAUGGAUGCUGAUUUGGGCAUUGGAGAGUUUUUCCCCUCUACACAGUGA